GGCUUUCCCUAGGGGACGCCCCAGGGACCCAGCGUGGAGGUCAGGGGCCGUCCCUGCAAGCUUGGAAACCCGAGGGUCUCCGGCCACGUUGUUCAGGCUCAGAGUCGCCGCUGGGCAUGACUCGGCCUGCCGUUCUCGGGGCCCUGACGGAGAAACUUCUAGCAGGGUGGGAACUUGGCAGGACAAGGGUACCCCUUUCUGCUGCCAACUUGGCAGAAGAGGCACUCCGCGGUGAUGGGGACCCUGUCAGUUUUCGCUGGAACUUUACCAUGCUGUCCUCUGGGGAGACUAUAAUCAGGCAGUCAUAAGUAAAAACUAGGAACAAAACUGACGCUUGUGUGGAGCACCCCUGCACCUUGGAGUCCUCCAAGCCCUGAGCUAAAUCAAUCACUGCCUUGCACUGACUCUGUAACACCUGGAGAGAGCUGGUUAACCUCCCGGAGGUAGUCCCACGUGACGCACAGUCUGAGGGCCUAUGAUGACCUUUCCCUGCCUGAGGACACAGAGACUGUCACAGCUGGCUGGACUGGCUGGCCCCAUUCUUACCUCUCUGAUGAUGAGGACCUGCUGGCUGAUGACGCAUCAGGAGAUGGCCUGGGCAGCGGAGACCUGGGCAGCGGGGACUUCCAGAUGGUCUAUUUCCGGGCUCUGGUAAAUUUUACUCGGUCCAUUGAGUACACCCCCCAGCUGGAGGAUGCGAACACCAAGGAGUUCCGAGAGGUGUCGGAUGCUGUGGUGGAAAAGCUGGAGUCAGAGUACUUGAAGAUCCCUGGAGACCAGAUUGUCAGCGUGGUGUUCAUCAAGGAGCUGGAUGGCUGGGUCUUUGUUGAACUGGAUGUGGGCUCCGAAGGGAAUUCGGACGGGGCUCAGAUUCAGAAUGUGCUGUACACAGUGGUCUCCAGAGGCUCCAUUGGCCCCUACAUCACCUCCCCUUGGGGGUUCAAGUUCCGACGCCUGGGCACAGCACAGACCCCCCCGCCACCCCCAGCUGCUGUGGGGGUCACAGUGACACCAGUGCCCCACCUCCCAAGGGUCUGCACCGAGACGGAGUUUGCUUGCCACAGCCAUAAUGAGUGUGUGGCUCUGGAGUAUCGCUGUGACCGGCGCCCUGACUGCAGGGACAUGUCAGAUGAGCUCAAUUGCGAGGAGGCACUCCCGGAGGUCAGCUCCUUGCCACCCGCUAUUGUGAAGGUAUCACCGUCACCACCGUGGCCAGAGGCGGUUUCAACACCUCCCCCACUGCUAGUCACACAUGGACCCCAGUUUCUGUUGCCCGGCGUCGUCUGGCCCACAGCCUGUGGACUCCAGGAGGCCAGGUGCCACAGCGGGCACUGCAUCCCCAAAGACUACCUUUGUGACGGGCAGGAAGACUGCAAGGAUGGCAGUGACGAGCUGGACUGUGGGCCCUCUCCACCCUGCGAACCUAAUGAGUUCGCCUGCGGAAACGGACACUGUGCUCUCAAGCUGUGGCGCUGUGAUGGGGACUUCGACUGUGAGGACCACACAGAUGAGGCUGAUUGCCCCAUCAAGGAGCAUGGGGAAGAAUGUGGGCCCACAGAGUUCCGAUGCGUCUCCACCAACCGGUGCAUCCCGGCCAGCUUCCACUGUGACGAGGAAACCGACUGUCCUGACCGAAGUGAUGAGUUUGGCUGCAUGCCUCCCCAGGUGGUGACCCCUCCCCAGCAGUCCAUCCAGGCUUCCCGGGGCCAGACAGUGACUUUCACCUGCGUAGCCAUUGGUGUCCCCACACCCAUCAUCAACUGGAGACUCAACUGGGGCCACAUCCCUGUUCAUCCCAGGGUGACGAUGACCAGCAAGGGAGGGCGUGGCACACUGAUCAUCCGAGACGUGAAGGAGGCGGACCAGGGCGCCUACACCUGUGAGGCCAUGAACGCGCGUGGCAUGGUGUUCGGCAUUCCAGAUGGCGUGCUGGAGCUUGUCCCGCAGCGAGGCCCCUGCCCCGAUGGACACUUCUACCUGGAGAACAGUGCCUCCUGCCUGCCCUGCUUCUGCUUUGGUGUGACCAACGUGUGCCAGAGCAGCCGGCGCUUCUGGGACCAUAUCCGGCUGAGCUUUGACCAGCCCAAUAACUUCAAGGGUGUGAAUGUGACCAUGCCCUCGCAGCCCGGUGUGCCACCCCUCUCCUCUACCCAGCUGCAGAUUGACCCAGCCCUACAAGAAUUCCAGCUGGUCGACCUGUCUCGCCGCUUCCUUGUCCAUGACGCUUUCUGGGCCCUACCCAAGCAGUUUCUGGGUAACAAGGUGGACUCCUAUGGUGGCUCCCUGCGCUACAGGGUACGCUAUGAGCUGGCACGAGGCAUGUUGGAGCCAGUGCAGAAACCAGAUGUGAUCCUCGUGGGUUCAGGGUACCGCCUCCACUCCCGAGGCCACACACCCACGCAUCCCGGAACUCUGAACCAGCGCCAGAUCCAGCUCUCUGAGGAACACUGGAUCCAUGAGUCUGGCCGUCCUGUGCAGCGGGCUGAGAUGCUGCAGGCACUGGCAGGCCUGGAGGCCAUACUGCUCCAGACGGUGUACAACACCAAGAUGGCCAGUGUGGGGCUGAGUGACGUCAUCAUGGACACCACUGUCACCCACAGCACCAGCCACGGCCGUGCUCACAGUGUAGAGGAGUGCAGAUGCCCCAUUGGCUAUUCUGGUUUGUCUUGCGAGAGCUGCGAUGCCCACUUCACCCGGGUGCCUGGCGGGCCCUACCUGGGCACCUGCUCUGGCUGUAACUGCAAUGGCCACGCCAGCUCCUGUGACCCUGUCUAUGGCCACUGCCUGAAUUGCCAACACAACACAGAAGGACCUCAGUGUGACAAGUGCAAGCCUGGCUUCUUUGGGGAUGCCACAAAAGCCACAGCCACCGCCUGCCGGCCCUGCCCCUGCCCGUACAUCGAUGCCUCCCGCAGAUUCUCUCUUACUUGCUUCCUGGACACGGAUGGCCAAGCCACCUGCGAUGCGUGUGCCCCAGGCUACACUGGCCGUCGUUGUGAAAGCUGUGCCCCUGGGUAUGAAGGCAACCCCAUCCAGCCAGGAGGGAAGUGCAGGCCCGUCACCCAGGAACUUGUGCGCUGUGAUGAGCGAGGCACCCUGAGUUCCACCACCGGAGAGGCCUGCCGCUGUAAGAGCAACGUGGUAGGGCGCUUGUGCAAUGAAUGCUCGGAUGGCUCUUUCCACCUGAGCAAGAAGAACCCGGAUGGCUGCCUCAAGUGCUUCUGCAUGGGAGUCAGUCACCAAUGCAGCAGUUCCACCUGGAGCCGUGCCCAGGUGCUCGGGGCCUCCGAAGAGCCCUCUCAGUUCAGCCUGACGACCGCCGCGGGUACCCACACCACCAACGAGGGUAUCUCGUCCCCUGCACCCGGGGAGCUGUUAUUCUCCUCCUUCCAGAACCUCCUGUCUAAACCCUACUUCUGGAGCCUUCCUGCCAGCUUCCGAGGAGACAAGGUGACCUCCUAUGGAGGAGAGCUGCACUUCACCAUAACCCAGUGGCCCCGGCCCAGCUCUGCACCCCUGCACAGACAGCCGCUGGUGGUGCUGCAGGGCAAUGGGAUCGUGUUGGAGCACCAUGCCUCGUUUGAGCCCAGCCCUGGCCAGCCCGGCAAAUUCAGAGUGCCCUUCCGAGAGCAAGCAUGGCAGCGGCCUGACGGGCAUCCAGCCACACGGGAGCACCUGCUGAUGGCCCUGGCGGGCAUCGAUGCCCUCCUCAUCCAAGCGUCCUACACCCAGCAACCGGCUGAGAGCAGGAUCUCUGGCAUCAGCAUGGACGUGGCUGUGCCGGAGAACACCGGCCAGAACUCAGCAUUGGAAGUAGAGCAGUGUGCCUGUCCCCUCGGGUACCGCGGCCCUUCCUGCCAGGAAUGUAGCGCAGGCUACACACGCAUGCCCAGCGGCCUCUACCUGGGCACCUGUGAACGUUGCAACUGCCAUGGCCACUCCGAGGUCUGUGAGCCCGAGACCGGUGUUUGCCAGAGAUGCCAGCACCACACAGUGGGUGUUCGCUGUGAGCAGUGCCAGCCAGGGUACUAUGGGGAUGCCCAUCGGGGCACACCACAGGACUGCCAGCCCUGCCCAUGCCAUGGAGCCCCUGCUGCUGGCCAGGCUGCCCACACUUGCUUCUUGGACACCGAUGGCCACCCCACCUGUGACUCAUGCUCACCGGGCCACAGCGGGCGUCACUGUGAAAGGUGUGCCCCGGGUUACCAUGGUAACCCCAUUCAGGGCCAGCCAUGCCACAGAAAUGAUCAGGUGCCAGAGGGGCCAGGCUGCGGCUGUGACCCCCAUGGCAGUGUCAGCGGUCACUGUGACGCCUCCGGUCAGUGCCAUUGCAAGGCCCAGGUAGAAGGCCUUACCUGCAGCCAAUGCCGACCCCACCACUUCCACCUGAGUGCCAGCAACCCACAAGGCUGCCUGCCCUGUUUCUGCAUGGGUGUCACCCAGCAGUGUGCCAGCUCCUCUUACUCACGCCACCAGAUCUCCACCCACUUUGCCCCUGGGGACUUCCAAGGCUUUGCUCUGGUGAACCCGCAGCGCAAUAGUCAGCUCACGGGAGGCUUCACCGUGGAAUCGGUACACGGUGGGCACCAGCUCUCCUUCGGCAACUUUGCCCACCUUGGCCAAGAGUCCUUCUACUGGCAGCUUCCAGAAACAUACCAGGGAGACAAGAGGGAGGCUCACUUGGCACGGCUGCGCCGGGCUCACCAGAACCGUACAUCCCUCUCAGAGGAACAGUGGCGGGCAGCAGUGACAACUGGGAGGAUCCUUGGGGACCCAGAGGGCAGGGGCCGGGCACAGCGGGCAUCACAGGUGGAUGAGGCUCAGAGGCGGGUGGAUGCUGAGAUCUGGCAGCUCCUUGCCAGUUUUGCUGCCCAUCCCCAAGCCCCUCCUCGUGGCCUGCACCCCCACCCCCAGCUAACUGCCGCUCUACGAGCGGGUCCCCCCUCAUCUUCCUCUUCCUCUUCCUCUUCCUCUUCCUCCUCCUCCUCCUCCUCCUCCUCCUCCUCCACUUCUCUGUCUUCCUCAGCGGACUCUCAGUUCUCACUCUCCUACGAGGGCUUCUCUCUGCUGCCCGGAAGCCUCUAUUACUGGCAGCUGCCUCGAGCCUUCCUAGGGAACAAGGUGUCGGCCUAUGGCGGGAAGCUACGCUACACCCUCUCCUACGUCUCGGGGCCACAUGGCAGCCCGCUCUCAGACCCCGACAUCCAGAUCACGGGUAAUAACAUCAUGCUGGUGGCCUCCCAGCCAGCACCACAUGGCCCAGAGAGAAGGAGUUAUGAGAUCAUCUUCCGAGAGGAGUUCUGGCAGCGAGCAGACGGACUGCCUGCUACCCGUGAGCACUUGCUUAUGGCCCUGGCGGAUCUUGAUGAACUUCUGAUUCGGGCCACCUUCUCCUCAGUGCCACGGGCAGCCAGCAUCAGCGCUGUGAGCCUAGAAGUGGCCCAUGCAGGGCCCUCUGGGGGACCCCGAGCCCUCGAGGUGGAAGAAUGCCUCUGCCCCCCAGGCUAUAUUGGGUUGUCCUGUCAGGACUGCGCCCCAGGCUACACACGCACUGGGAGCGGACUGUACCUUGGCCACUGUGAACUGUGUGAAUGUAACGGCCACUCCGACGUGUGUCACCCAGAGACUGGAGCCUGCUCGCAAUGUCAGCACAACACUGCCGGUGAGUUCUGUGAGCUGUGUGCACCUGGUUACUACGGCGAUGCCACAGCCGGGACGCCGGAGGACUGCCAGCCAUGUGCCUGCCCCUUGACUCACCCAGAGAACAUGUUCUCCCGCACCUGUGAGAGCCUUGGAGAUGGAGGCUACCGCUGCACCGCCUGUGAACCUGGCUACACGGGCCAGUACUGUGAGCAGUGUGCCCCAGGCUAUGCGGGUAACCCCAAUCUGCGAGGAGGCCGGUGCCAGCCACUGACAAAAGAUUCCUUGGUGGUGCACAUCCAUCCCUCUCGGAGCGUGGUUAACCAAGGAGGCUCACACUCCCUGAGGUGCCAGGUCGAAGGCAGUCCACCUCACUACUUCUACUGGUCCCGUGAAGAUGGGCGGCCCCUGCCCAGAGGUGCUCAGCAGCGGCAUCAAGGCUCAGAGCUCUACUUCCCUAGCGUGCAGCCCUCUGAUGCCGGCGUCUACAUCUGCACCUGCCGAAACCUACAUCAUACCAGCAACAGCAAGGCUGAGCUCCUGGUCACUGAGGCUCCCAGCAAGCCCAUCCACGUGACCGUGGAGGAGCAGCGGAGCCAGAGUGUGCGGCCUGGAGCUGACGUCACCUUCAUCUGCACAGCCAAGAGCAAAUCUCCAGCCUACACCCUGGUGUGGACCCGCCCGCACAACGAGAAGCUGCCCUCGCGUGCUAUGGACUUCAACGGCAUCCUGACCAUUCGCAACGUGCAGCCAAGUGAUGCAGGCAACUACGUGUGUACUGGCUCCAACAUGUUCGCCAUGGACCACGGCACCGCCACACUGCAUGUGCAGGGCACCUCAACUCUCCCUAUGGCCUCCAUUCACCCGCCGCAGCUCACCGUGCAGCCUGGACAACUGGCCGAAUUCCGUUGUAGCACCACAGGGAACCCCACACCCACCCUGGAAUGGACAGGGGGUCCUGGUGGCCGUCUCCCUCAGAAGGCUCAGAUCCACGGUGGCAUUCUGCGCCUGCCAGCCAUCGAGCACUCAGAUCAGGGCCAGUACCUGUGCCGCGCCCUCAGCAGCGCCGGGCAGCAUGUAGCCAGGGCCAUGCUUCAGGUGCAUGGGGGCAGUGGACCCAGGGUCCAGGUGAGCCCCGAGAGGACCCAGGUGUACGAGGGCCGCACAGUCAGGCUGUACUGCAGGGCAGCAGGAGUGCCCAGUGCCAGCAUCACCUGGAGGAAGGAGGGAGGCAGCCUGCCCCCCCAGGCCCGAUCGGAGAACACAGACAUCCCCACGCUGCUCAUCCCAGCCAUCACGCUUAACGAUGCUGGCUUCUACCUCUGUGUGGCCACCAGUCCCACAGGCACCGCUCAGGCCCGCAUUCAGGUGGUCGUCCUCUCAGCCACAGGUCCCAGGUCGGUGCCAGUCAGGAUCGAGUCUUCGUCGCCAUCUGUGAUGGAAGGACAGACGCUUGACCUCAACUGUGCGGUGAUGGGGCUGACCUAUACCCAGAUCACAUGGUACAAGCGAGGGGGCAGCCUGCCUCCCCACGCCCAGGUCCACGGCUCCAGGCUGCGACUCCCCCAGGUCUCACCAGCGGACUCUGGAGAAUACGUGUGUCGAGUAGAGAGUGAUUCGGGCCCCAAGGAGGCUUCCAUUGUUGUCUCUGUCCUCCACAGCGUCCAUUCAGGCCCCAGCUACACCCCAGGCACCAGCAGCCCCAUGCCCAUCCACAUUGAGUCCUCGUCUUCCCAUGUGGCCGAGGGGCAGACCUUGGAUCUGAAGUGUGUGGUGCCUGCCCAGGCCCAGGUGACCUGGCGCAAGCGUGGAGGCAGCCUUCCCGCCCGGCACCAGACCCAUGGUCCCCUGCUAAGACUACACCAGGUGUCCCCUGCUGAUUCGGGCGAGUAUGUGUGCCAUGUGGUCCUUGGCUCCGAGCACACAGAGACCUCUGUUCUGGUCACCAUUGAACCUGCUGAGUCCAUCCCUGCCCGUGAACUCGUCCUGCCCAUCAGAAUUGAGUCUUCAUCCUCCACAGUGGCUGAGGGUCAGACACUGGAUCUCAACUGCGUGGUGCCAGGACAAGCCCACGCACAGGUCACAUGGUACAAGCAUGGGGGCAGCCUGCCUGCCCGACACCAGGUCCGCGGCUCCCACCUGUACAUCUUCCACGCCUCUCCCGGGGAUGCUGGAGAAUAUGUUUGCCGGGCAGGCAAUGGGCAGGAGGCCACCAUCACAAUCAAGGUCACAGGUCACCACGGGGCCAAUUUUGCCUACCCCCCGAGUAGUGCGCCACCCAUUCACAUUGAGUCCUCGUCCUCUCAUGUGGCUGAGGGGCAGACCCUGGAUCUAAACUGUGUGGUGCGGGGACACGGACAGGCCCGGGUCACAUGGUACAAGCGAGGAGGCAGCCUGCCUGCCCGGCACCAGACCCAUGGCUCCCUGCUGCGGCUGCACCAGGUGUCUCCUGUCGACUCAGGAGAAUAUGUGUGCCGGGUGGAGGGAGGGCACGCGCCUCAGGAGAGCUCUGUCCUGGUCACCAUUGAGCCUGCAGACUCUGCAUUCAGGGUCACCCAUCCAGUCCGGAUCGAGUCAUCUUCCUCCCAUGUGGCCGAAGGGCAGAGCCUGGAUCUGAACUGCCUUGUUGUAGGGCACGCUCACCCCCAGAUCUCCUGGUACAAGCGAGGAGGCAGCCUCCCUGCCCGGCAUCAGAUACAUGGCUCAAGGUUGAGACUGCUCCAGGUGAUUCCAGCUGACUCCGGGGAGUAUGUCUGCCGAGUGGUCAGUGACUCCGGCACCCAUGAAGCUUUUGUCCCUGUCACCGUCCAUCAGCACCUCAGACCCUCCCACACCCAGAGUGUGGUGCACCCUAUUCGCAUUGAGUCCUCAUCAACCUCGCUGGCCAGUGGGCAUACUCUGGACCUGAACUGCCUGGUGACCAGCCACACACCCCACACCAUCACCUGGUAUAAGCGUGGAGGCAGCUUACCCAGCCGGCAUCAGAUUGUGGGCUCCCACCUCCGGAUCCCUCAAGUGACCCCAGCGGACUCCGGAGAGUAUGUGUGUCACGUCAGUAAUGGCGCUGGCUCCCAGGAGACCUCACUCGUCGUCACCAUCGAGGGCAGUUCAUCCCAUGUGCCCAGUGUCUCCCCACCAAUGAGGAUUGAGACCUCAUCUCCCACAGUGAUGGAAGGACAGACCUUGGAUCUGAACUGUGUGGUGGUUGGGCAGCCCCAGGCCAGUGUCACGUGGUUCAAGCGUGGGGGCAACCUGCCUUCCAGAUACCAGGUCCACGGCUCUCAUCUACAGCUACACCAUAUGUCAUUGGAAGACUCCGGCGAGUACGUGUGCCGAGCCAACAACAACAUCGAUGCCCGGGAGACCUCCAUCAUGAUCUUGGUCUCCCCCCGCACCAACAGCCCCUCUGCCCCAACCAAUGCUGCACCCAUCAGAAUCGAGUCCUCCUCUUCACACGUGGCUGAAGGACAGACCCUGGAUUUGAACUGCGUGGUCUUUGGACAGGCCCAUGCCCAGGUCACGUGGCACAAGAGAGGGGGCAGCCUCCCUGCUCAUCAUCAGGCCCAUGGCUCAAGGCUGCGGCUGAACCACGUGACCCCAGCUGACGAGGGCGAGUAUGUGUGCAGCUUUCUGAGCAGCUCUGGCACUCUGGAAGCUUCAGUCCUGGUCUCCAUUACAGCAUCUACCUCUAAUGUCCAUGUCCCUGGUGAAGUCCCGCCCAUCCGCAUCGAGACCUCUUCCUCCCGAGUGACUGAGGGGCAGACCCUGGAUCUAAGAUGUGUGGUUGCUGGGCAGGCCCAUGCCCAGGUCACAUGGCACAAACAUGGAGGCAGCCUGCCCAUCGGGCACCAGGUCCAUGACCACACGCUGAGGCUGAACUAUGUGUCCCCAGAGGACUCUGGCGAGUACUCAUGUCAAGUGACAGGCAGCUCAGGUACCCUGGAGGCUUCCAUCCCGAUCACCAUCGAGGCCUCUAACCCCAGCCCCAUCCCUGCCCCAGAACUGGUCCAGCCUGUCUACAUAGAGUCCUCCUCCUCCCACGUGGCUGAAGGGCAGACUUUGGAUCUGAACUGUGUGGUCCCAGGGCAGGCCCAUGCCCGUGUCACAUGGUACAAACAAGGAGGCAGCCUGCCUGAAGGACACCAGACCCAUGGCUCCCUGCUGAGGCUCCACCACAUCUCCCCUGCCGACUCUGGCGAAUAUGUGUGCCAAGUGGUUGGUAGCUCCCACCCCGAGCAUAAAGCUUCCUUCAUCAUCACAGUCCCACCCAGUGCGGGGUCUUCCUACCGCCUCAGGAGUCCUGUCAUCUCCAUUGAGCCACCCAGCAUCACAGUGCAGCAGGGCCAAGAUGCCAGUUUCAAGUGCCUUAUCCACGAGGGAGCAGCGCCCAUCAACCUGGAGUGGAAGAUGCAGAACCAACAGAUGGAGGACAACAUCCACAUCAGCCCCAAUGGCUCCAUCAUUACCAUCAUGAGCACCCGGCCCAGCAACCAUGGAGCCUACCGCUGCGUGGCUUCCAAUGCCUAUGGUGUGGCCCAGAGCGUCGUCAAUCUCAAUGUGCAUGGGUCUCCUAUAGUGUCUGUGCUCCCUGAGGGCCCUGUGCAUGUGAAAUUGGGUAAGGACAUCUCCCUGGAGUGCAUCAGUUCUGGGGAACCCCGCUCUUCCCCCCGUUGGACCCGACUCGGCACCCCUGUGAAGUUGGAGCCGCGGGUAUAUGGGCUCAUGAAUAGCCACGCGAUGCUGAAGAUUCUAUCAGCUAAACCAUCAGAUGCAGGCACCUAUGUGUGCCUAGCCCAGAAUGCCCUUGGAACAGCACAGAAGAAGGUGGAGGUGAUCGUGGACACUGGCACUGUGGUCCCAGGUGCCCCCCAGGUCCAAGUUGAAGAAGCUGAGCUGACUUUGGAGGCUGGACACACGGCCAUGCUACACUGCUCAGCCACAGGCAACCCCCCGCCCACCAUCCAGUGGUCCAAGCUGCGCUCCCCGCUGCCCUGGCAGCACCAGAUAGAAGACAACACACUGGUCAUUCCCCAGGUGGCCCAGCAAGACUCAGGCCAGUACAUCUGUAAUGCCACCAACUCUGCCGGGCAUGCUGAAGCCACUGUUGUCCUGCACGUGGAGAGUCCUCCAUACGCUACGAUCAUUCCAGAGCACACCUCGGUGCAGCCAGGGAAUCUGGUUCAGCUGCAGUGCCUGGCUCAUGGCACGCCCCCACUCACCUUCCAGUGGAGCCGGAUGGCUGGCGUCCUGCCCAAAAGGGCCGUUGUCAGGAACGAGCUGCUGCACCUGGAGCCCUUGGGCCCUGCAGACUCUGGCCGCUACCGCUGCCAGGUCUCCAACAAAGUGGGCUCAGCUGAGGCCUUUGCCCUAGUGCUGGUCCAAGGCUUUUCUGGCGAGCUCCCUAACACAUCCAUCCCAGUCGGAUAUACACCCAUUGUACAAGUCACUCCUCAGGUAGAGACCAAGAACAUCGGGGCCAGCGUUGAGUUCCACUGUGCUGUGCCCAGUGAACAAGGCACGCACCUUCGCUGGCUCAAGGAGGGAGGUCAGCUGCCUCCUGGAUACAGUGUACAGGAUGGAGUCCUCCGAAUCCAGAACAUAGACCAGAGCUGCCAAGGGAAAUAUGUUUGUCAUGCCCAUGGGCCUUGGGGAGAAGCCCAGGCCAGUGCCCAGCUAAUUGUUCACGCCUUACCCACAGUCCUCAUCAACGUCCGCACCUCUGUGCACUCUGUGGUUGUUGGCCACUCUGUGGAGUUGGAGUGCUUGGCACUGGGUAACCCGAAGCCUCAGAUAACUUGGAGCAAAGUUGGAGGACACCUAAGGCCUGGCAUUGUGCAAAGUGGAAAUGUCGUCAGGAUUGCCCAUGUGGAGCUGGCUGACGCAGGACAGUACCGCUGUAUGGCCACCAAUGCUGCUGGUACCACCCAUUCCCAUGUGCUGCUGCUCGUACAAGCCUUGCCGCAGAUCUCAACUCUCCCAGAGGUCCGAGUGCCUGUUGGCUCCGCAGCCGUCUUCCCGUGCAUGGUCUCAGGCUACCCGACCCCUGCCAUCACCUGGAGCAAGGUGGAUGGUGACCUGCCACCUGACAGCCGCCUGGAGAACAACAUGCUGAUGCUGCCAUCAGUCCGCCCCCAGGACGCCGGGACCUAUGUGUGCACGGCCACCAACCGGCAGGGCAAGGUCAAAGCCUUCGCCUACCUGCAGGUGCCAGAGCGAGUGGUACCCUACUUCACUCAGACACCCCACUCCUUCCUGCCGCUUCCCACCAUCAAAGACGCCUACAGGAAGUUUAAGAUCAAGAUCACCUUCCGGCCAGACUCUGCAGAUGGCCUCAUUCUCUACUCAGGGAUGCUACUGUACAACGGGCAGAAGCGGAUCCCAAGGAGUCAAACCAACUUAGCCAACAGGCAGCCUGAUUUCAUCUCCUUUGGCCUGGUGGGCGGAAGGCCCGAGUUCCGAUUUGAUGCUGGCUCUGGCAUGGCCACGAUCCGCCACCCCACACCACUGACCCUAGGCCAGUUCUACAACGUGACCCUGCUACGGAGCCUCACUCAUGGAUCUCUGAUUGUGGGCAAUUUAGCUCCUGUUAAUGGAACCUCCCAGGGCAAAUUCCAAGGCUUGGACCUGAAUGAGGAGCUGUAUCUGGGUGGCUAUCCUGACUACGGCGCCAUCCCCAAGGCCGGGCUCAACAGCGGUUUUAUAGGCUGUAUACGUGAGCUGCACAUCCAAGGCGAAGAGAUCAUCUUCCACGACUUCAACCUUACAACACAUGGCAUCUCCCACUGCCCAACUUGCCAGGACCGACCCUGCCAGAAUGGAGGCCAGUGCCAUGAUUCUGAAAGCACCAGCUACACCUGUGUCUGCCCUCCUGGCUUCAUCGGCAGCCGCUGUGAGCAUUCACAGUCACUGCACUGCCACCCAGAGGCCUGUGGGCCCGACGCCACCUGUGUGAACCGGCCAGAUGGUCGAGGCUUCACCUGUCGCUGCCACCUGGGCCGGUCAGGGAUGAGGUGUGAGGAAGGUGUGACGGUGACCACCCCAUCUCUGUCUGGCAUUGGCUCCUACCUGAUACUACCGGCUCUCACCAAUACUCACCAUGAGCUACGCCUGGAUGUGGAGUUCAAGCCACUGGAACCUAAUGGGAUCUUGCUGUUCAGUGGGGGCAAGAGUGGGCCCGUGGAAGACUUUGUGUCCCUAGCGAUGGUUGAUGGCCACCUGGAGUUCCGCUAUGAGCUGGGGUCAGGUCUGGCUGUUCUCCGGAGCUCUGACCCACUGGCCCUGGGACGCUGGCACCGAGUGUCUGCAGAGCGCCUCAACAAAGAUGGCAGCCUGCAGGUCGAUGGAGGGCACCCCGUGCUGCGCUCCUCACCAGGGAAGAGCCAGGGUCUCAACCUGCACACGCUGCUCUACCUGGGCGGUGUGGAGCCCUCCAUGCAGCUGUCCCCAGCCAUCAAUAUGAGUGCUCACUUCCGUGGCUGUGUGGGCGAGGUGUCGGUGAAUGGCAAGCGGUUGGACCUCACCUACAACUUCUUGGGCAGCCACGGUGUGGGGCAGUGCUACGACAGCUCCCCGUGUGAGCGCCAGCCCUGCCGGAACGGUGCCACAUGCAUGCCCGCGGGCGAAUAUGAGUUCCAGUGCCUGUGUCAAGACGGCUUUAAAGGAGACCUGUGUGAGCAUGAAGAGAACCCUUGCCAGCUCCAAGAGCCUUGUCUGAAUGGUGGCACCUGCCGGGGUACCUAUUGCUUCUGUCUCCCUGGCUUCUCUGGUCCACACUGCCAACUAGGCCCUGGCUAUGGCAUAGUGGAAUCUGACUGGCACCUUGAAGGCAGUGGAGGCAAUGAUGCUCCUGGGCAGUAUGGAGCCUACUUUUAUGACAAUGGCUUCCUAGGCCUCCCUGGCAACAUCUUCUCCAGGAGCUUUCCUGAAGCACCUGAGACCAUCGAAUUCGAGGUUCGGACCACCACAGCCAAUGGCCUCCUGCUCUGGCAGGGUGUGGUGAGAGAGGCCACUCACAGCAAGGACUUCAUCAGCCUCGGACUACAAGAUGGCCUUCUUGUCUUCAGCUACCAACUGGGCAGCGGGGAGGCCAGCCUCGUCUCAGAAGACCCCAUCAAUGAUGGCGAGUGGCAUCGAGUGAUAGCGCUGCGAAAGGGCCAGAGAGGCUCCAUCCAGAUAGACGGUGAGGAGCUGGUCAGCGGCCGGUCCCCAGGUCCUAACGUGGCAGUCAACACCAAGGAUAUUGUCUACAUUGGUGGUGCCCCAGAUGUGGCCGCGCUGACCAGGGGCAAGUUCUCCUCUGGGAUCACAGGCUGUAUCAAGAAUCUGGUGCUUCACUCAGCCCGGCCCGGAGGCCCGCCCCCACAACCCGUGGACCUGCAGCAUAAUGCCCAGACAGGGGCCCAUACACGUCCCUGCCCCUCAUAGGCACCCGCCUGCCUCCCACGGACUCCUGGGCAGCACCCAGCCUGACAAUGUCGAGUAUAUUAUUAUUAAUAUUAUUAUGACUUUUUGUAAGAGACGGAGGCAAUGCCACGCUUGCUGCUACCACCCUGGGCUGGACUGGAGGGUGGGUGUGCCAGCUCCCACACGUGUGGGCAGAGCCCCAAGGCUGGUGGUAGGCAGGGUAGGUGGACUGAAAGAGGUUUUCCUCAGAAGACCACUGGGACUUGAAGUCAGGCACCAUGACUGGCAGGGCUCAGAACCAUUCCAACCCCUUCCCCCACUUCAAAGUAAAGCUAGGCUGCCCAUUUCAGCAGUCUAUGGACAGUCCUCAUUGCUUUGAGUGCCAACCUCAGUUUACCACCUGGUACCUCACUCUCAGACUGAAUGAGGGGGUGUUGGCAGUGGUCUGAGCUACUAUCUGGGAGCAGAAGGCAGCUCAUUCCCCGCCGGCCAUAUCCCAGCUUCCUCCACCUCCACCUCGCCAGAAACCCCAUGGCCCUGGCCGCCUUCCCCGCCACCCAGCCCACUCCACCUGCGUUCCCUCGACCACCCCCACACACACACAGCUCAGGGCCCUGCCCUCAGGAGCUGCAAGGGAGCCCAGCAAUGAAGUCCCACCACACCAGGCCGCACCCCCCACUCUUCUGGAAGUGAAGGCCCAGGGUGUGGGGGAGCAGGAAAUCAGGAAGACCAGUGCCUUGGUGGGGGCAGCCGAGACCUCAGAUUGGGAAGGGGAGGAGGGGUGAUCAGAGCCCUGCCUACUUGGAAGCCUGAGGGCCCAACUGAGGGGUAGGCAGGUCCAGACUGUGGCUGUUGGGAUACCUGGCCUAGAGAGAACAAACCCCUGUGGUCUUUAUCUGAUUUUUUUCUUAAUAAAUGGUGCUAUCCCUGCCAA